AUGCAUGUCACUGGCACAUUGGAGAAGGAUUGCAAUGCACCAAAAUUUUUUCAACUUCGUCUUGAAAACCCUCAUGCAUUCAUCAAUUGGUGUGAACGUGAAUACAACGCAACCCUAGAAUGGAAGAAACUUGAAAGUAAAAUGAUUGGAGGGGAUACAGAGAGAAAAGAAACAUUUAAAAAACACAAGUGUUUGCAGGCAAAUACUACCCAAUCAUCUUGGUGGAUAAUUACUCAUAAUAAUAAUUCCAUAGAUGUUGGAAAUGAAUUUGCUAGGACUAUUGUUUGGGAUGAGAUCAAGAUGCUUGAAUAUGAUCAUCUGGUAUUAUCAUUUAUAAUAGAUUUCACCCAACCACAAAAGAAAUUUCAACACAUAAUUUCUCAAGUGUUUGACAAAGUAACUUGUAUUCCUGAGUCUUAUUUUAAGACGCUAUCACAAACCUUUGAGAAUUUGUUUAAUAAAUUCUAUCUGGAUAACAAAAGAUGGUGUUGUGAUAACUUUGGUUUAAUAAACAAUGAUGAUUGA